GUCAAAAUUUUCAUCGUUUCAUCUGUUCAUUAUUUUCGAGGGUUUGGAUCAAAUUAUUUGUGAAUUAUGGGCGGUGGUGGUUUGAUGCAAUUGUUGUGGAAGAAAAGACGCGCGAGGAAAUCCGAGAACAAGUUUCGUGGGAGCGCCUGCACCCAAACCGACGAGAUCGAAUGGUUCGGACGACGAAGGUGGUGCGAAACGGACGGCGUAGAUCUGAAGACGCUCUACCGGGCCGACGAGGAUGAGACGAAGAAAUGGGAGGCGAGGAAGUUGCGAAGCAACAAGUUGAUAGGCAACAGCGAGCACUUCUUCAAAGCUACGAUGGAGAAGGGCGUCGACGUUAAGCUGCUAGAUGAUAAGCCUCUCCGGUUCAGGUAUCGUCCCACCGGCGAGCUCUGCUCUGACGUCAGCGACGACCUGAAGAGCAGCUUAAGGGAUUUAAAGUUCUCCCCGAAGAAGGCGUUCGCGCCGAUCGAUUCGAACGAAGGAUUCUACAGGGCGAAGAUGGGCAACGAUUACAAGUUGGAGCACGGAGCGCUUCUCGUCCAACAGAACAACGUGAUCAAGACGUUCAGGAUUUCGAGCAAAUCGCGCAACGUGAGCGGCGCGUCUCGCAGCCUUAUGAAGCAGACGACGAACGAAGAGAACGCGCCGAAGACCGAGGUGGAACGGAUCGAGGAGCUGGUGCGUAAGUUGAAGGAGCACUUCAACGGGGCGAAGCGACCGUGCAACGUGCCGCGCAGCACCUAUCUCAGGCCGAACGUCUACUUCUACGAGCGCAACUCCAACAAAUCGCAACUGGUGCGCGACCGAAGCUGUCGCCUGUCACAGAGCAAAUGUCAAAAUUACUAGUCGGGCGUCGUAACGAUG